AUGAGCCUUCUCUCAACACCAGCAGCGCUAGAUAGCCCACCCACCACUCCUCAAUUUACUUCGAGCACCACAAGUGACAACCCCCUGACGCGUCCGAUGUCCUUCGCUCGCUUCGUCAUCGGUCUAUUACUGGCAUCUCUCGCCGUUGUCAACGGUGCCGCCAUCUUCCCGAACUGCAGCGCCGCUCAACUCGACACGAUCAAAAACAUCGCCCAAGCCACCCCUCUGGCCAACUACCUCGGCAUCUGCAACGUCGUGGGCAACUACGAGAUUUACCCGUUCAAGACGCCUCCCAACGGGGCACUCCAAGAUUCCGUCUGCAGUCACCUGUUCUGCCGCACCGCCCUUAAAGUGUUCUACUGGACCUCGAACCUGCCCAAAUGCUACCUCGAUAUCGACGGAGACUACUCGUGGACCCCCAACGCGCACUUUCAGAGGAUCUGCCCGAAGAUCUGGAGUGCGUGA